AUGCAGGACGCCUGGACUGCUCGCAAAGCUGAGGAGAUCCAAGGCUACGCGGACCACAACGAAUGGAAGAACUUCUUCUCUGCGAUCAAAGCGGUCUACUGCCCGGCGACGAAGGGCACUGCUCCUCUCCUCAGCGCCGACGGCAGCACUCUCCUGACUGAGAAGACGCAAAUCCUACAGCGAUGGGCCGAGCAUUUCCGAGGCGUCCUCAACCGCCCCUUCCUCACCCCCGACGCUGCCAUCGAGCGUUUGCCGCAAGUGGAGACCAACGUGGACUUCGACCCCCCGCCAUCUCUCCUGGGGACCAUCAGGGCCGUGCAGCAGCUCUCCAGCGGGAAAGCACCCGGAUCGGACGCAAUCUUUGCUGAGGUCUACAAGCACGGAGGUCCCCAACUGAUGGAUCACCUGACUGCGCUCUUCCAAGAGAUGUGGCGUCAAGGUGAAGUCCCGCAAGAUUUCAAAGACGCAACCAUCGUGCAUCUCUACAAGCGAAAAGGGAAUCGUCACGUCUGCGACAAUCACCGCGGCAUCUCCCUGCUGAACAUCGCCGGGAAGAUCUUCGCCGCAUCCUUCUCAACCACCUCAAUAACCAUCUGGAACAUGGCCUUCUGCCGGAAAGUUAAUGCGGCUUCCGUCGUCAUCGUGGGACCACGGAUAUGAUCUUCGCCGCCCGUCAACUUCAGGAGAAGUGUCAGGAGAUGCGGAACCACCUGUACUCUACCUUCGUGGACCUGACGAAAGCCUUCGACACGGUGAAUCGUGAAGGACUGUGGAAGAUCAUGCAGAAAUUCGGCUGUCCGGAGCGAUUCACUCAGAUUGUGCGUCAGCUGCACGACGGUAUGAUGGCGCGAGUCACGGACAAUGGAGCUGUCUCAGAGGCAUUCACAGUGGCCAAUGGAGUGAAGCAGGGCUGCGUACUGGCGUCUACCCUCUUCAGUCUUAUGUUCUCUGCCAUGCUGAUGGACGCCUACCGCGACUAA